AUGUUUCUAGAUGCUAACAUGUCAAAUGAAGUGGAACAAAAACUAAAAGAGAACUUCCCUAAUUCCAUGAAAAGAAAAAUUUUUAAGGUAACUUCAAUAUUUAAACCAAAAAAUCAAUAAGUAAGAAGCAUGUCAGUAUUUUGAUUUUGGUGACUAUAACAAAAAACACACGGAGAACACACAAAAUGGCUUUGUCAUCAUGUUCGUUUCCAAUGAUGCAUCCUUAUUUGACGUUAGUUAAGCAACCAUCGGUUACUCUUGAGAAUUGCCGUAAUCCCAGCAAAUUGAAAAGGGCCGGUAUUUAGACAUUUGGCCGUGAUAUAAUUAGAUCUGUUAAGAAAAGGGGUACUUAGCAAUUAUUUCAGGAAAGAAAACCAAAACGGUAAGUAUUUUACUAUUCUGUUUCCGAGGCACUGGUAUUUCGUUUAACUAAUACGCAUUAAGAACGUUCAACUUUAUUUAGAUUUAUUCUCUACGCUCAAGUGACUUCUUCUAAGCUUCCCUCUGCAUAAUUUUUGGAAAAGUCGUAAAAUAAACUAACUAAAACGCCAAUCCAUUUGUUUAGAAAUGCUGGGCCAAACUGUUUAUCCUGACAGCUGAGCAAAAUGUACGGGAGGGGGAGGGGCACUCAACAAAGUCUUACGGGUACGCUCCGCCCCAUGGUCCAAUCCCCAUUUUAAUUUUCCUUUUUUUACAGAAAAAGUACCCCUUGGUACUCCUUUUACACACCUACCUUAGAACGUUUGCAUCUUUGUUGUCUUUCAAAUAUAUAUCAAUCACCUUACAAAAUGUUUUCUCUACUUUUAAGAGCCAGAAAAUGUAGAUAUUAGCCCUUUUGAGUCUUUUUACAAACCGGAAUGACAGAUUCUGCUACCCUUCCAUCUCACGUGAAGCCAGAAAGAGGUUCUUCUAUCGGGCGAAGCCUCCCCGUAAAGGCCAUUGUAUGAAGUAUCCCCGGGGAAUACCACCUCAGGUUAAUGUUCAGAGUUAAUGUUAAUAUUCAGCAUGACGACUUUUGCUACAGUCAGUUCGACCUUUGGAGGUAAGGUUCUAACACAUUGUAUUCCUUUGCUGACUAUUCUAAAUACUUGGUUUUGCAGGGUCAUGGGUCUCGUCUUAGGAGAACUCCCAUUAGAAAGAGACGGGGGUGAUUAACAGAAAAUUAGAAAGAGAGUGAAAAAUCUCUCAUUCUCCUUCGAUCCCCUGAACGAGACCAAUCGGAGCAUAAAGGAGAGCGUACUCGAAGACAAUAUGACGACGUUUGUUUCCUUUCAGUAUACUUACGCAUAACCCUAAGAAAUACCUUCACUGGCAAAAAUAUAGGCGUUCGACCCUCCGUUUCCUCAAAAAAAUCUGCAACUUUCAGUUCUAAGCGAGGAGACGUCAUUUUCAAAUGGGAGACCAUAGGGGGUUUUGUUUAUGUUUUCAAUGAGAAAUCGUACUAGAUCAUAUACCUACAUAACUUUUUUAGUAAUCUGAUAAGGGCCAUGUUUAUCCUACAAAGAACAAAUUUUGUGUCCACAAAGAAUAUCGACAACUGUGUUCUUUUGUUUCUGUAUGUUUUGCCGAUAGAUGACCAAGCUGAAGUCAGAAGAAAUGCAGAUAUACAAGUACCAGAGGGAUGUCAUUGGCCUUCUCAUUAUAUUGAAUGUAUGAUGGAGGAGAAGAAAAAAAGAUCACCUGAUUAUUAUGAUCUUGUAGGCAUCUUUUACGAACUUGCCUGUACACAGAGACCAAAACCUGAUGGGCUUGUAAUAUUGAGAAAUCAAAAUCAAACACUUUUUUCAAUACGAAUACCAGCAGCUGUCUUUAUCAGUGUUAUUGUUUAUCCUCCCACUUUACAAUUCAUUACUAUUUCUCAUUUUUCCUCAAAAAUGCAAGAGCGUACAGUACUUUUUACAAUUACUUGGCUAAACCUCUAAGUAAAGUACAUGUAAGUAACAACAGGUCAAACACUGACUAUUAUCCUCAGGAUAUUCCUUUUGCACUAAUGACCAUUCCAUUGCUAGCCCUUCUUCAGAGUACAGGUGCCACCAAGUUAAAUUUGAUAAGGGCCCGUCUACGGAGAGGAAAGUGACGCCGGUUCAAACCCCGGCCGCAUUAGCUCUCAAACUCUUACGAUAGCUGCGGAGAAUGUUCGGCUGUUUCUCUGACAUCUGCAAAUGAUAAUGUCUUCCCUAAAGAGGAACCAAAACCGUCAUUCCCUCCUCACAGCUCGUUCACUUUUCGGGUUUUUUUUCGUGGAGCUGUGAUCCGCACUGCUCGUUGAAAGUGAGAGAACUAAAUUCUUGGACGAGUUCGUGAUUCCGAAACCAGUAAAAUAAACCAGGUCCUUUCCAUUGCAAAAUGUAGAGUAGGAUGUUUGUGAUAUUGAACAUUCAGUGGCAUUUAUAACAUUUUUUUGGCUUUUCAGAAACUAUCGCCUCGAGAUUGCUCGAAAGAAUAAACAAGGGUUAAUUCCAUGAGGUCCUCAAAAUGAUGUAAAACGGUUGUAUCGAAUAAAAACCUAACAAAAAAUACUCUAGUUUAUUCUGUACGUAUUGACUGUACUAGAUAUGAUUUGGCUGUGCAUUUCAGCUGGGAAAUAACUCACGGCAAUAUAUUGAAUUAAAAGGCAACUAUAGCACUGUCUUGACCACAUAUUGUUUCCUUAACAAUGCAAUUUUCACGAUCCAAACUCAUGCGGGAGAGUUUUCGCAGAGAAGCUGUCAAUCCGUGCGGAGAAAGGGCAGGUGACGCGUUAAAAACCCAAAUCGGCGGUCCCUUCCAGAAUGGCGGCUUUGCCACCAAACGUCCCACUCGUGCAAAAACAAUUCCGCCAACUACGCAGGCUACGUUAAUCGUAGUGGUUGAGUUGAGAGAUAAUUCCAGCAUGCUUUGUAAGCCUUAUCCUUUUCCCACCUGGAUAGGAUUAUCAGGUUUUACUGCUGUCUCCUCAGGAAAGGAGUAUUAA